UAUUUCCCAUUGUGAAACCUCCGAUUGGAUACACGAUAAGGAGAACGUUAACUCGAAUGUAUCGUUGAAUCAGGAUACGUUACUCGAUAAAAAUCAUCAUGAAAAUGUUAAUACGAUGGAUGAUGCGAAAGAUGGCGGAAAUACCUUAAACUUGUCUUUCUUAGGAAGAUUAAGAACUGUCGAACAAAUAGGUGAAAAUUGCAAUACAGACAAGAAAGCAUUGAACGAAACGGGAAUAACGAAGAUCUCACCGCGUCCAAAUAACAGAAUGGAAACGGAACAGAAGCUUACCUGCCGCGAAAAAACUAGCCCGUUAGAUGAGUUGUCAAACGUAAUGAAUAACAAAACCCUGAAGAGAACGCCGAUCAAUUUGUCUCGAAAGGCCAAGUCAUUCUUUCGGAAGAAAUCCCGUUUGGCGAUCACGGAUUCCGAUUGCACUCUGAUCCUGCCCGGUUCUCGCCUUCACGUUAAAGGUAAACAAUACGAGAGAACCCGCUUGAAGGUAAGUCAGCUGUUGCGUAAAAAAAACGGAAUAAGUGGUACGAAUUCUAAUGUAGUGCGAAUGAAUAAGUCUGAUAACGCGAAACAAGCAGGUCGUCGAAUGAACUCUCUUUCGUUGACGAAUCUGCAAGCCGGGGAUCCAUUCGAAGAACCGUCGUCCAUCCCUCUGGAGACCCAGGAAUUGUUGAAUCAAAGUUACUGGGAAUACUAUUGGAGGCUCAGACGUAAGAUCGCGUUGGCUGAUAAACCGGAUAACGCAGGAGAGAGAGAUAAAUCGCGUCCGAGCAAAGAAUCACGAGAACGUUUACCGGAAUCUCAAACUCUACAACAAUGUUCCGUGCUCUCUUGCAUGAUCAAUACAGUUCUUCGAGAUUCGACAGCUGUCGAUGGCAGAUCGUCCUCGGAUCCGAUCGUUUCGACGUUUGUCGCGCGCGAGAACAUUUGCCACGAGAGUUCCGGAGUGUUUGCGAAGAAAGUGAAACGAAGGAAAACGACGAAGCGAGUGAGCAAACGAUUGCUCGGACUUAGAAUUAUAGGUAUACAUAUUAAGAGUAUGUAUGUCCAUUACAAUAAGAUUGAUUCGAAGAGUAGAAAUAAUCGACCAAAACUAGCGUAA